AUGUCCCAAAACCCCGAAACCCCGAUGCCCAACGAAGUGCACAUUCGAUUCGACCCGCAAAUUUACGAGACGAGGAAUGCGCCGAAAUUCGAGAGACAAGCGAAAUUUGUUUCAGAGUACUGUAUUAGUUAUGAUAGAAAAGUGCACCUCGGUCGAAUGCGUGCGAAACAACUGUACGAGGCGCCUCUCUUCUCCCGUCCGAACGCAUUCUCAUUCGACUUGAAUCACGGCUUCGAAACGUUCGAUCCAAAAACCGGAGAUGAUAAAUUGACGGCGCUUCUCGAAUGGAUUCGUCAAAUGUCUCCAGAAGGCGGACGUCUUCGAAAAGUGUGUCACGAGGCGGAUUUCGUGUGUUGGCGGGGACUUUUGACGAGAAUUUCAGCGACGAUUUAUAGUAGAGAUGAUGGGUGGAGGGUUCGGGCGAUACGCAGAAAAGGAGUCGUCUUUUUGAUGGAAGAGAAGACCGAACAGGCCAGGCAGAGCUAUACUGUAAUUUCCAGAGAACUCAACCAAACGGACAUGGAGAAACGAAUGAGCUAUUGGGGACACAAAUUCGAGCAGUACGUGACGAGAGACGAUUCUUCUGAAUCCCCGGACACCUCCGUACCGGUCACCACCAAAGAGGAGUACGGUGUCGUGUUCCGUAAUGAUCUCACCACUGACGCCCGACUGAAUCCCUCAAAAAAAUCGAUAGGCAUACUGUAUUCCGGCGAGGUCGAUUGUCUCGAUAAAUACGGCGGCCUCAUCGAGCUCAAAACUCAAAAAGGCGAUCUCCACGCCGGCUUCUGGAAAUCGCCGAAAUCGCUGAAAUGGUGGCUACAAUCGUCGCUCGUCAACGUCGACACCAUCAUCGUCGGCCACCGUACCCACGAGGGACACGUCACGAGUCUUUCGACCGUGAGAACACGUGAAAUGCCACAACGUGCCACGUGGAAUUUUCGAGCUUGCUUCGAAUUCACAUCGACGAUUUUCACACAGAUUGCGAAUUUUCUUGGCGAACGAGAGGGCGCCGCGUGUGUAGUCGAGUAUCGCAGUGAAAUGGGAUUGCAGAAGGGCAAGCAAGGAAACACGAUGUCACUCAAAAAAGAAGCGCCAAGCUCGGUGACCCUUCUACAAGCGGUCAUCUUUCUUCAAUUCGGUCUAUGUCUCAUGGUUACGGUAUUCACAACAAUCGGAUUGGCUUUCGGAUAUCCGGUGGCGUCGCACUAUUUGAUGGCGUUGCUUCAAGUGAUUGUGGCGAUUCCUGGAAUUGUCUAUGUCGUACUUCAGGGGAAUAUCUGGAUCGCAGUGUACGUGAGUCUCCAAAUGAUUACCGCCACUUGUGAGGUCUACUGGCUCGUCUACAUGAUUUUCGACCAACAACCCGCAGGGGCGUGGCUUGGUCUCGCCGCGAUCACCGCCGUCAACGUUUUGGCGAUUGUGGUGGCUUUGUGGUUCCGACAAACUGCUCUCAAGGUUCCGUGUAAGAAGAAUAAGAAGAUUGAGUUGGAGACAAAGAAGGAUGGGAAGCCGGAGUUGAAGGUCCCCUCCACCUCAAUGAGUGAAAUCGAGAAGUCGUCAAAAAAUGGUGCCAAGAAAUCCACGUCGUCCUCGUCAAUGUCCAACAAGAAGUCGCCAGCUCGCUCGUCUGAAAAAUCGGAAAUGAGUGAGAAGUCGUCGAAGGGAAGUCUGAAAUCGAGAAAAGUCAAAAAGGGUUCGAUGCCACUGGAUAGUCGUGAGACGACUUCUCUCUCCAGAUCAUCGAGCACUAUUCAUGAGUUUGAUGAGAAGUAG